AUGUCUUUUUAUGUUAGAUCGAAGUUGGUUCGUCCUUAAACAACUUCCAAUCAUAAUAGACCAUUGGACAAUAGUUCAAUAAGAGAGAGCAGAUUAUUGUAUAUUAAAAUAUAAACUUUAGAAAGUAGUUCACAACCCCCAAAAUGGGAAGAGAGAAGGAAAAUUUAUAUGAUGAGAAUAUUAAAUUAAAAUCUUAAUUGAAUGAAUAAACUUAAUAAUUGAUUUAAUAAAAAUCCAAAAUAUAGCAAUUAGAAGUAUAAAAUAUCAUAUUUACAUUAGAGAGAGUUAUAAAGAUUUGAAAACUUAAUUGAAGAUUCAAUAAAACCAGAAACCUGUUAAUAGAAAGUCUAAAUAGAACGUCAUGGUUUGAUUAUGAAAAUGAAAACCAAAUAAAAAUAGUUGAUUUUAGAAUUAUAGAGUAAAUCUAAAGAACUCAUUUAAUUAAAAAGAACUAUGAGAUUCACCAAUUAUUAGGAAUUAGAAGUAGAUCAUUUACUUAUUAUCAAUUAGAUAGAAUUAAAAAAUUACGUAGAUGAAACUAUAAGAUUGAGAUCAAAGUUAGAAUAUAAUGAAUAAAUGAUUGCUAUUUAAUCAUCGGCAGAGCCUUUAGAAAAGUAAAUCAUGCAUUUAGAAAAGACAAUUAAAGUACUAUAGAAAGAUAAUCAAGAAUUAAAUUCAAAACAAUUAAAUAAUGAUAUUAUCACUUCUAAAUUACAAGUAUAUAUUUAGAAUAAAAAUAGAUUUAAUUGGAAGAAUGUUUGAAAUAAAAUGAGAAACAAUUGAAUGAUAUUAUACAUUAUGAAUAAAUGGUGAAAGAAUUAAAUGAAUAUAAUAGAUAAUGCAAUGAUCUCAUUUAAAAAUUAUAACUAUAAAAUAAGGCUUAGUUGUAGAGUCAAUAAAAUACAUCAUCAGAUGAAUUGUUCAAAAUACAAUCAUAAUUAGAGUAGUUAUAGAUUAAAUAUUAAUAAGAGAUGGAGUAUCUAAUUUUGAUAAUAAAUUAGUAAUAAAGGCUAAGAAAUUAGAUCUUUAAAAACUGAAAUUCAGAGAUUAAAUUUACAUAUGCAGGAUAUGGAGAGGAUGAUAGAAAAUUAAGAAGAUAAGAUUAGAGAAAUGGAAUGUUCAGUUUACUCUCCAGUUUCUCGAGUAGGAAAUGUUGAAUCUCCAUUAUAGAAUGGAUUUAAAAUUAUGCAAAUAGAGAUGAAAUCAUAAGUAGUGAAAAAAAAGUUGCCUCGAGUUCAAUUUACUGAUAUUCGAGAAAUUUGCAUGAGAGUCAGGUUAAAUCUUGUUAGACAUAGAAUAUAAUAUGAGGAUGUAGAGAAAUAUUUUAAUGAAUAAGAAGAAUUGAGUAUCCAUUAAGUGAAAAAUAUUUUGCAUAAGUAAUAAUUAUAAAAAAAUAUUAUAAGACCUCCCUUUGAGAUUCAUGAUCAUCAAUAGAUUAAACUUCUUAGUAGAUAUUUAGUAGAAGAUAAUUCUGAAGAUUUUUUGAUUUAUGAUUAAGAUAGAACAAAUUAGACAUCAAUAAUAAAAUCAGUGAUGAAAAAGAUAGUUGGAAAAUAUGAAAUAUUGUCAAAUGAAGAAGAGCAAUCAAUUUAAUAAUCUAUUUAAUAAGUUUAUUAUAAUUUUAUAUGUUAGAAAUUAAAUCCUUCAUUAAUAGAAACUAUUUAAAUGAUGAUAACAAAAAAGAAAAAUCUAUAGCCAGGAACAUGUGAAUAAAGUGAUUUGGAUUAGGCAUUAAAAUUUCAUGAAAUUCAAUUUAGUCAUAGAGAAUAGGAGAGAUUCAACUUAAUUUGUUAUGAGGUUUCGAAUUCUUUAGAUAUUGUAAAUUAUGAAAGAUUACUUACUUAUUUUAAAUGA